CCAAAACGUUUGCCCACCCCUGGUUUAAGGCCAUCAGCCCAGCUCCCCCCCGCCCCGGCCCAUCUGAUCACAAGGUUCUCCCCCAGCUGCCCAUGCAGUGCACAUAGCCAGGUGUGGGAGGCGGCUGGGCGGCAGCAGAGGCGCGUGUGGGAUUCUGGGGUCCCCUGCACUGAGCCGUGGUGUCGCUCUCCCUUAGGGCAGCCGUUGGCCACGGGAACGGGGACCUUGGUGCUGACCCUCGAGGAUGUGAAUGACAACGGGCCAGAGCCAGAUCCACGGGAAUUUUACAUCUGCAAUCAGAACCCAGUGGUCCAGUUGUUAAAUAUUGUGGACCUGGACCUUCCCCCGAACACCGGCCCCUUCAAGGUGGACCUGCUGCACGGCUCCGGCUCCAACUGGACAGCAACUGUGAACGCCCAGGGAGUCAGUCUGGACUUAAAGCUUACCAAAUACCUGGAGCCAGGAGACUACAGCAUCAUCCUGCAGCUGGCGGACAACCAGGGUAAAUCCCAGGUGACGACUGUCAAAGCCAUUGUGUGCGACUGUGACGGGGAAGCCAGGAACUGCGAGAAGAGAGCAGCCAUCGCGGGCGGCCUGGGGAUCCCGGCCAUCCUGGGGAUUCUCGGGGGAAUCCUUGCCUUGCUGAUCCUGCUGCUGCUGUUGCUGCUCUUCGUGAGGAAGAGGAAGGUGGUGAAGGAGCCCUUGCUUCUCCCCGAGGACGACACUCGAGACAACGUCUAUCACUACGACGAGGAGGGCGGUGGGGAGGAAGACCAGGACUACGACCUGAGCCAGCUGCACCGCGGCCUGGAUGCCCGGCCUGAGGUCACCCGCAACGACGUCGUCCCGACUCUCAUGCCAGCCCCGCAGUACCGGCCACGCCCCACCAACCCCGACGAGAUCGGCAACUUCAUCGAUGAGAACCUGAAGGCGGCCGACACUGACCCCACCGCCCCGCCGUACGACUCCCUGCUGGUGUUUGACUACGAGGGCAGCGGCUCCGAGGCGGCCUCGCUCAGCUCCCUCAACUCCUCCUCCGACCGGGACCAGGACUAUGACUACCUGAACGACUGGGGCAGCCGCUUCAAGAAGCUGGCCGACAUGUACGGCGGGGGCGAGGACGAGGAGUAAGCGCCGCCUGUGUGUUCGGGCUGCAGCCGGGCGACACCUGUGAGAAAUGUCGCUGCGGCCCGUUCGACACAGACCAGCAAAGUCGCUGCUCUUCCCGAGUGGGCUGGAUGGCUGAAAUUCCCUUUCCUUAGCAGACAGUCGCACUACGUGAAUCUGUUGUCCUGGCUCAGUUUCUUCAGUCCCCGUCGUUCAGCCGUGGAUAGCCAGUGCUUUCCAGGUUAAUGGGGGCGGGGGGAAUUCUGUUUCGGGGGCAUCCAGAUUUCGGUCAACCAAGGGCCUUGGUGGCAGCCUGCCCAGAACACCCUGCACUUUGACGGCUUCACUGUAGGGGCUGCAGGUCCCAUCGUGCUCAAGGCAGAGCAAGGCACGCUGGGAUCGACAGCCUCCACAGACUGACUGUUUCUAGGACAGGGCAGACCUGGGCUGCUCUCUAGAAGCACAGGCCACAGUCCAGUUCGGUUUCCUCUCGUGCGGCUGGGGAGCUGCUGUUAUUUCCCCCAGACGGCCAGGCGCUUCCACUUCCCUGUGCCCACGUGGGUGAGCACUCACACGCACCUGCUAAAUGGCCUAGUCUUGCUGCUUUGCCGCACACUGGGCAAGGGGUGCCCGGAGAACGCACUCGCAGCAUCUUCACCUGCCCUGCAUCUCUUGCUGCAGGCCUCCCAGGACAGCCUGCUAACUUCUGGGGGCUCCUCUCUUCCAGCGGUGUCAUUAACAGGUAACCAUUUCCCCGGUGCUCUCAGAAUACCUCAUUCUGAAUACAGGAAGCCGAGCGGGAAACUCCCCUCCACCAGCGUAUGGGAUUUGUUCACUUUUUAACACCACCCAUUGUGUGGUUCGGUGCUGCGUGUGCCCACGGAGUAGAUUCUGAAGAGCAAGCGUGAAGUAGCCUUUCUCAGUAACCGUGGCGAUCAGCUACCGCUGGGCCAGUCUGGAACACAGCCAAAUUGCAGGGGACUUUGCCAGAGAUAUUUUUUAUUGAAUUUUCAGAUGCCACUUAUUUUUUAAUAUUAUCGUUACCCUUAAACAAGAGCUGCACUUUGAUACGUUUAGCACUGUGCCAACCCAAAGACCAAAGACGAGGGUAGCCCUCUUACUAAGCAAUCACAGUCACGGGAGAUAUGGGGGAGAGCCCCCAGGAAAUCCUCAGGGAACGGACAGUAGAUUCACACCCUUUCCUGGAGAGGAACCCCAGGACUCACUUCGGGAGCUCUGCUGGCAACUGCCCAAAUACCUUUGUAUGCUGGUUUUAAUGAAUCCAGCUUGCCCCUGUCCGAGCUCGGAAAGUGAUGAUAGUUUGUCUCUGUGCACUGCAGUAGUGACUUUCCAUUUCUCUAAAUAGAGUUCAGUGUUCUUCCCCACCCCCUACACUUUGCCAUGCACUCCUUCCCCCUCCAAAAAAACCGGAUUAUAGACCAACUCUGAAGUAAAGCGCUGCAGAGGUGUGUCGUCUGUCCUCUGCCGCCUGGAGGUGUGACUCUGAAAAAGUGUCACAGGACGUUAGUGCCUAGUACACUUGGGGCUCUGCAUAAAUAAAUGCAAUGUCUAAAACCUGACUGUCAGCCAGUUUGAUGCUAUAUUUUUGUAUAAAGUUGUUCGUUCAUAUUUCUGAAUAGGGGAGAGAGGAUCUAUGAAAUUACCAGCCAAUACCAUGCCAUGUUCUUUUCACAUAGUAUUUAGCAGGAUGUCUUAUUUGAUUUAAUAGCUAUAGGCCGAUUUAUAUUUUUCCAUCGUGGCUACUUCCUUCAGUGUGGUGUCUAAUCUCGAACGUGUGCAGUGUAAUUACUGUGCAAUGGAGCUUUUAAAACAAAUGAAAUGGCUUUAGUUGGUUUUUUCACAGACCACUUGAAAAUUGCUGAGGGUCUCGGCGGACGACUUAAUGAUCUUUCCAAAUGUUGUUUGUACUGUUAGCUAACUACUGUAAAGCGCUUUGGAUA